AUGUCACAUCCGCUCGUGGCAGCUGUGUGGGAACAACUCGGUCGUCGUGAUGUAGGCAACAUUCUACGGGAGAUCAUCGGCGAACAUGCGGCAGAGCUGGCUGUAUUCCACAUGCAAGAUGAUGCCUCUCGAAUCGAACCGCUUAUACGACCUGUGCUUUGGAUCAAGGCCAUAUUCGACUUACAGCGAGCUUAUCUGCAAGGCUUGACCAAUGUGCACGACUGUCAUCCAUACUUUUUGCCCUACCUCUUGCCUUCGGAAGCGAUUUUCUCGACCCUGAUGUACUUGAUCCGGGUCAAAUCAGACUUAUUUCCGUCUAAUACCCCGGCGCCUCCCGACCUUGCUCGGCAUCGUCAUUUCUUUGCGCAAGUUCUACUUGGCGGGAUCCGACUGCUCCUGUUGCGUGGUGACGCAAUUCCACCCGAUCUGAGAUUCAACCUGGAGCGGGCGAUGAGGGCAGCAUGGCACCAUCCCGAUUUAUCCAGUGCAGAAAGCUAUCUGGUCAUGGACUUACUACCACGAGCGAUAGAUCAGAUUGGUUCUCCAGAGCUGGCGAAGAAGCAGAGUGCUCUGCUGACCUCCAAUAAUACAUCUCUUCCAUCUUUCGCGUCAGGACUCUAUCCCUUUUCAAUAGCCCCGGAAACUCUUAUGACAGAUCUGUUGACGGGUAUUGUCGCAAACAAGACGGAUUAUCUAACCUCGUUUUGUACUCUGUUCGAUAUCAUAAGCGCCGCCGAGUUUGCGCUUAUCCAGUGUCAUGUUGAUCGUCGCCGUAUUUCACAAGAACAAGGAUAUUCCAAUGCCGCGGCCAGCAAGGUGGAAGAGGCCUUUGCGCAAGCUCAAGAGACGCGAAAAAAACUGGUGAGGACUGUAAUGGCGGCAUUCGACGAUGAAUUUUCUGCGCCACCUCUCCAGGUUCUCGCAACUCUCAUAUUGAGCCAUAACGCUGAGGGACAACCGCCGCUACAAACCCGCCGCAUCAGGGACAGCUGGACGCGCUUUUUACGCAUUAGAGGCGUUCUGGAAGACUCUCUGGGGCUUCUUGUGAGAUGGCUCAUCAAUCGUCGAGUUCAGAUGUGGGACUGCAAUGGGGAGCUCGAGUCGAUUUCCCAGGAUUACCAGCGUCAUUUGACACAGUGGCUUCAGAAUGCUUCGUUGCCGGAUCCUGCGGCUCAGCCUCAGAGCCGGGACAAGCGGGCCAGCAUUCUGUACGCUGUUGACUGUCCCGCGGUUCACAUGGUUCCCAAAGCCCUCCUCGAAGAGCAGUUGACCAGCCGCGACACACUCUAUGAGGAGACCCCAGAGUUUCUCACUCUGAAUAUUUCCUGUCCGUUAUGCCCUGGAGAUAUCCGAAUUCAGCACGCUCGCAUGAUCAAUCCGCUAGGCCAAACUGGAUUGCAAGAUGUAUCCGAGUCAAACCGCAGUAGACGGUAUUCUAUAGCAGAUUCUGCUUCCAGAGAUACGACAUCGCAGUCAAGCUCGGCCAGCCACACUACCAGCUUAGACCCUAGUGAAUUUCCCAGAAGUCCUGUUUCGCCCAUAACACGCACCCUCGGCUUCUCUGAUCUUAUGACAAAGCAUUCGAAUACGUCUGUCACGGAGCUGAUUAGUCCGCUUUCAUCGCAUGCCUCUUCUGAUCAAUUGCGCGAAAGACAGGGCACCAGGAGUCUUUCUAGGGAGCUCAAAAGCGUGAAGAUACCUUUUUCAAGCGGGGCGUUACUAUUCAGGAAAGCCUCCGCCAAGCAGAAGUUACCGCGGCAGCCACGGUCCUGCUUUUCCGCGACAGGCCGGACUCUGCUCCUAUGGGGAGCGGGUACCAGCUGGGUCAUGCGGUUUGAGGUUUCAACCAUGGAAGGGCAGAGGAGCAAGGGUCACAGAUACGACGUGUCUGGGGUUCAAUAUGCUGCAGUGGGAGACAGACGUUGCGCUGUGAUCGCCGCUGUUGGAGAGCACCUCGAGCUGCUAAUAUUCAACAGCACUGGUACCAUCGCUGACGCGUACCUGACGAUUGAGUCUGGACUUCAGAAUCAGUCCAUACCCUCUAUAUGUAUGACCAUGUCACGUAACGACAGGUUUGUCGCCUUCACUAUCAGGGAAGAGGUCCGAGUGUAUGAGAUCGGUGCAGGAGCUAUACGGAGAGUUCCCUUGGGCGAGCACUUUGAUCGAUAUCCGUUGCUUGGAGCAGAGCCGCCAUCCGGAGGGGCAACUCCUUCAAGGGAUGAGCAAUACGCCAAUAACGAAACCAGACCAAAGGCAGUUAUUGAGCGAAAGAUUCAAUUCUCCGUCGAUGGAAAGCACUUUGUUGUAGCAACGCACCUGGGUGACCAUUGCGCUUAUGUUGAUGUCUGGGGCUGGAAUGCUGGACAAUGGAUAAUCACGCCUGACAAGUCAAGAUCGUUCAAACUUCCAUCAUGGGUGGCAAAUGAUGGAGACCUCACGUGUGUUUUCUACGACAGCUUCCAUUUUGCAGUCAUAAUGACAGCAUUCUUGGGAAGAGAGUCUCCGAUGCUAGUCUCUCUUGCUGACCCGAACAUCGUCAGCGAUCCGCUCAGCAUCAGGAUCGUCCAUGCAGCACAAUCGCCUUCAGGAACACGGUUCGUCAUGGCAAAUGGUGCCGGUGAGAUCUAUAUGUGCGAGUGCAAGGCUAAUACUGUCCUCACACCAUAUGAACUAAAGAAAGCGUCGACCAAGAUAAGCCUCGCUGCUUUCAAACCUGGGAAUUUGACACUGUCCUUCCCACAGGAAAAUGAAAUGCUUGUCUUCUGGGUCAAGGACGGUAAAUUAACACUCAGAGCAAUCAGGUACAUUGAGGGUGCCGAGGUAAUUAAUGAUUUUGACCUGCGCCCGGACUUUGACCGUCUAGUUGUGGAACGGGUCCCAGCUGGGAAUUUUCCAGCACAGCGAAGACAGAACUCAUCGCUUUCAAAUCAGUCAGCAGUGGAGAUGGAUGCAAUGGCGCCUAUUCGAAGACCUGACAUGGCGGAACUGCCAGGGAUAUAA